UUAAAUUGUCAUUUUCAGAAGGAAGAAGAUCAUGAAAAAUGAUUUAAACCUUAAUAAUGUCUCUAGUUGAAAUUGAGCAUGAAAUUAGAGCAGGAUUGCCUGGACACAAAAGUCUCAAUGUUGACUUGGACCACGAUGAUCACAUUAAAGUUAAACCUUCCCUUAAUGAUGAUGUCAGUUCUGGGAGCUCAGAUCAAGUUGAUCCUGAAACCUAUGCGAGCAUGCUUCAACUCCUGGCAACGGAAUCCGCGAAUAAUGAUUUGUCGGAGAAAUCCACGAAACCCUUGAAAACAAAAAUAUUGACUGUUGGUGAUGUGGAGAACCCGUGUGAUUGUGAUAAGAAUAUUUCUGUUGAUCACAACUACCAUUUCUACCACUCCAAUCAAUGUAAAGAUCGAUUGAUCAAGUCAAACAGUCAAUUAUCUGAAAAUGGGAGAGAUUCAACACUUUCCACUAAAAAUAAAUUUGAAGGAAAAAGUUUAUCUAUUUCUAUCCAAACUACAGACAAAACUGCUCCUCAGGAUAAAACCCGGGUCUCUUCCUUUAAAAUUGUUUCAGUUUCAGAAAUUAAAUCCCAGCUAAGUCUUGAAUCUGAUGCCAACAAAGUUCCAAAUGAAAAGACAACGCCCUCAAAACCAGGAAAGCCCGCGACGCCUAUCUGCUAUCCCUGUUACGACUGCUACUGUAUGUUUACUGACAAAGCAAAGUUGAGAGAACACGAGAACAGUUCGCAUCCUUGCUCUUUAUGCAAUGCAGUCUAUUGUGAUCUCUGCAACUUUUCAUCUGAUAAUCCUGAACGUUUAAAACAGCACACAGAGAGAAUACAUGGUUCAGUUUCAACGAAACCUGGAAUAUCUAAAGAGGAAUCGUCUUCUUCUAAAUACAUUGGAUCUGUCACUUCUGAACUAAAUGAUAAUUUCUCUAAAAAUAAAACUGUUAAACCAAGUAACUCAACUGCUUCCAAAUCAAAACAAAGGAACAUUUCCGCCCAAAUUCUAGACAUAUUCUCUGCUGCUGCUAAAACUUCCGCAUCUGCUGUCCUCUCCUCCGCCACAGCUGUCCAUACCUCUACAUCUGUUGUCCUUACCUCCAUCUCUGUUAUUUCUAACUCUGCCUCAGCUGUCAAUACCUCCGCCUCAGCUGUUAAUCCCUUAGCAUCUGCUGUCAUUACAACCGCUGCAGCGGUCAACACCUCCGACUCAGCUUUUAAUACCUUAAACUUAGCUGUAAAUACCUCCGCUGCUGCUGUAAAUACCUCCACUUCUGUUGUUGCUAUCUCUGCCUCAGCUGUCAAUACCUCCGCCUCAGCUAUUAAUCCCUCCUCAUCUGCCGCUGAUACAUCCGCCAAACCUGUUAAUACCACCGCCAUCAAUAGUAAUUCUCUUCCCCAGCUAUCAAAUGUUCGAUCUUUAAACUCCUCUGAGAACUGUAAGCUAGAAGAGAUCAAAUAUGAGAUGGAUAUUGGCUCAAUCUCUGAUGAAAAUACAGUAAAAGACACGUCUACUCUAAACAGUGUUGUUUCUCCAGAAAAAGUUGAUUUUGAGAAGGAUAGUUCAGCAUUUAGACCCACAGUCAUAACCCUGGGGAAUAAAAAUUUUACUGGAAAAGUAUCUUUGCCAUUUAUUAAAAACCCAUCAGAUAAACCUAGUAACACUGCUCCUGUGAUAAAUAAACCUGUGCCAGAAAAUAAAGAAGCAACAACUAUAUUAAAUAAAGAUGUUCCUUCUGUAAAGGAAGUUGUAACAACUCAAAACUUGAAGAACCUUCGAAUCAUAAACUAUUUUCCAGAGCAUGAGAAACCUUCCCCAUUCACCAUAGCACCACCAGACCCAGAGGAAGCUUCAACAGAUCCUAAAGGAAACCUAAGCGAGAAAGAUAAAGAAAUUGCUGAACAAUCUGAACCUGAGAAAAAGAAGGGUCCAGAAAUAAUAAUAUUUGACGGUCAUCUUCCAAGUUAUUACUAUUCUGGUUAUGGUCUUCAUGGAAAUGAGUUAACUUUUAAAAGAAAUGUUAUGAGUACAAACUUAACUCAGAAACAACCACUUCAAACCUCUGCCAAUAAAGUCGGUCAGAAACGCUCGAAUAGUUUCGAAGCUGCCCAAGUUACCCAGUCUAAAAGGCCCUCUGUGGAACUAUACUCGAGAACAGAACUAAAAAGUAAUUUACCUGAAGUCUCCGGUCCUCUUCUUAUUCAAACACCUUCUGUUGUUAAUUCUCAAUCAAAAACUAAAAAUAUUUUUAAAAAUAAGAAAACUGUUUCUCUACUCUCACACCUAGAACCAGAUCAGCUAAGUACGAACCCUCUCUGCAUGGAUAGUUUUUUGUCUUGUAAUCUAGAUUCAGGAAACAGAUUUAAUCUCCAGAAUGAAUUAAAGAAAAAAGAAGUGAACAGAGCCCCAAUUGAUCUUGACACCUCUAAACCUCAAAAGACUAUAACGAUUAGCAAUCCUUUGAAAGGUAGGAGAACAGUUCAAACUUAUAAUUAUAGUUUUGAACUAAGCGCUCCCAAUGAAAUACGUCUUCAGACCGGAAGCUCUGUGAAAGAAAUUCGCCUGGCAGUCCCUAUUGUUCAAGAAAAAUCUGUUGUCUUAAACAAGAAUUCUCGAGAAAAUGGACCGAAAAAUAUUGAUGCUAACAAUAUGGAUCCUGACGGGCCUACUAUUGUGUCCGUGACGUCAUUAAAAAAUAAAUCGGAUUCAGAGAUUUCUCCUGAGAAAGAUCGCGGAUUUAUUGAUUCCAACAACAUAGUUGUUCCAAGGUUUGAAUGUGAUAAAUGUGAUCAUGUGUGUAAAAGUCAGGUUGUCCUGUGGCAUCAUCUUGAAGAAAAACACAACAAGAUCAAUUGUGAUCAAUGUGGAGAACUGCUUUUGAGGGAUAGCAUGAGAUAUCAUAAAAGAAAAUUUCAUUAAAAAUCUACCUAUUUUAUAUUUUCUAGUUUAUCAAUAAACUUAUAUGAAUUCC